AUGCUCACAAAAGCUAUUAUAUCAGUUAACCCACAAAAAUCAAGAAAAAAAACUGGAGAAGAGGUAGCAAAAAUCUUUUGCGAGCUCGGAGCCGAUCCUCCUGGAUUUGAAAAAUGUUACAUCGAUGACUACAUUGGUUAUGGAAUUUUUGCGACGAUUAACUUCCAGAAGAAUGAUUUCUUGUUGGAGUACCCUGGUACUUUGCUAACAGAAGAGGAAGGUGAUGAGUUGAUGAAAACUUAUCCAGAUGACAUAGGAUCGUUCCUAUUUUUUUAUAAAAAUAAAUGCAUUGAUGCAACACACGAAGAAAGGUUAGGAAAAUACGUCAACGAUUCAAAGUUUCCCAACUCUGCAAUGAAAAGUGUUUUGUUAAAUGGACGCCUGCACUUGUGCUUAUUUGCACUAAAAGACAUUUGCCCUGGUGAGGAGUUGCGAUACUCGUAUGGAGCUAGCGGUCUUUGGUGGAGAAAGGAUAAGAGGUCCAAGGUAAAAUACACUUUAAGUAAACUAAAGGAAAAGAAUAAGAAGAAAAACAGUGAUUAUGACGUUGACUUUGCACUGGCAAGAAGUCAAUACAUAAAAGAUGGAUUAACAUUUAUUGAUGUGGAUCCACAGAAUAAGGCUAGAAAACAGAAGACAGUUGACGAUGGCGGGGAGAAUACAGUUGAGAGCGUGAACGAAUUUUCAAAUACAGGUAGAAGACAAGAGACAGUUGACAAAGGCGGGGAAAAUACAGUUGAGAGCGCAAGGGAAUUUUCAAAUACAGAUAAAAGACAGGCGACAGGUGAGGGAAGCAUUAACGAUACAACUGAGAGUUCAAAACCAGUUCUAGAUAUGAAAGUGGAAGUAUUGCCAACUCAAGAAUACAAUGCGGCGGAAAUGUUAAAUGAAAUUUUUAAUCCUACCGAUGCUCAGGAAAAGUUUGCUGAUGUCGAUGAAUUAACAUUAGAAGUUAGACGCUUACGUGAUAACCCGCUACCAGAAAUGCCACCUAUGAAACGUGUGAAGCGAAAAGAAAACUGUGAUGAAAAGGAUUUGAACGUCACAGAAAGAUUGUGUCAGUUGAUUCGGAGUGGAAAUGUAGCUGAAGCCAAAAAAACUUUCAAUCUAUGGGAAAAAUCUUUGAGGAGCACUUUUCCACAGAAACGAAAACGAAAAGUGUGCACUUGUCCAGUCUGCUUUCAAGACAAGACUGAUUUAGUGGUUCAUCUUGUUCGAGUACAUCAGAUAACGGAAGAGAAUGCCAAAAGUUAUAAAAGCGGAAUCAGUUCAAAUAACGAGAGAAAAAGAUUAGCCAACGAGCAAAGGAAAACCAAACCUCGAUUUUACCGGAAAAAGAUUUGUCCCAUUCUGGGCUGCUCAAAAGUGGUUGUUCGAAUAGAAAAUCAUUUGAGAGAAACACACAAAAUUAAAGAUAACAAAAAAUUUAAGGCUGCUAUGAAAGAGGCCAUUGCUUUCGAGGAAUUUACACCUAAAAAUGGUUUAAGCGAAGAUAGCGCGACAAGUAGUUGCAGCGAAAGUAGCGAACGGGAAGAGGAAAACAAGAUCAUGAGGAAUGGUGGAAUGAAGUACCUCAAAGUUGCUGAAAAUAUGUCGCCUGUGAAUUCCAAUGAUAGCAGCGAUGAAGAUUGGUUUUCGAGAAAGGUUAGAAAUAUUGCGGAACGUAGGCGAGAAGAAAGAGAGCGUAGAACUAGCGAAAGACAAGAAGAAACUGUUUUGGUUAAGCAUCGAAAAUCUUCUUCCACGAUUUCUAGAGCUCCCUCCAUAGCAAGUGUUGGUCCUUUAUCUGUCGAUUUAGAAGAAACGGAAGAAAUAGAACCUGACUCAGAUUUCCCAAUUUUCAAUGAGACACUAGCUCCUUCCAUAACGACGAUUGAGCCUUUAUCUGUCCGUUUCGAAGAAAAACAAGAACAAGAACCUGUCCGUAGUAAAUUGCCAAUAACAAGCAAAAACGAUUCACUAGAAUGUAGAAUUGAAGAUUUGGAUGGAAGUGAGGAUGAAGAUGAGGAGGAUGAGAAUAUGGAUAUUAUAAUUACACCAUGGAGGAAUGAGUCACAUUUUGACAAAUUUGAAUUGUGGUUGGUUAGCCCUGAUGGUAAGCGAAAAAAUAAACGUGCUGCGAAACAACAUUCCAGACAAGUGCAACUGAUUUUAAAGGACACCAGCCAAGAUUCAUACGAAUUAUCCGUUCUUUUUGACCGCAUGAAGAUCAGGAAUCAAUGGUUACUGAAUUUUGAAAAACGGAGAAAAGCUGGAACUAUAAAAAGUUAUCUCCAUUCCCUAUGUCAUUUUUACAAGUAUAUUUUGUGUGACACACCUGUGCUUUUCAAAGAUUUCGUUAAGGACUGUCCAAGCAUGAUAGUUAUCAUGGAAAACUGGAUUGUGGAGUAUAGAAAGAAGGCCAAAAGCGACAAAUGGAUGAAAGAUUUGGAGCAGUUAGAUCAGCUCAUAACAGCUGAAGAGGUCAACACCUUCGAUAAUUCAACACACGUAUCCAAUUGUCGCAGGAAUAUCAAGGAAGUGUUGGCCACUGGUAAAGUUCCAACAUUCAAGCAAUUUACCUCUGUUCGAGAUUAUAUCUUAACUUAUCUCUGCUUGGAUAACGCGUCAAGGACCGGUGCUUUGGCUAACAUGACAACCAAAGAGUUCAUGACGGGGAAAAUGGAAAAUGGAGUAUAUAUUGUAAGUGUUUUUAACCACAAAACAAUAGCGACGUCGGGACCAGCGACAAUUUGCUUCACUGCAAAUCUAUAUAAAGAAUCAUCGAUAUUCUUUCAACAUUUCCGAAAUAGGCUAGAAGGCCUAGACGACGAAAAAGGUUCUGCCAACAACCCGUUUUUUACCAGCUGGAGCGGAAAUAAAAUGUCUUCUUCAAUGGCCACAGGCCAGUUGAACUCAUUUUGGAAUAAAGCAGUGGGAAGGAGUUUGCUGCGACCACGUCUUAAUGCAACACUAGUCCGCAAGACGUGUGUCACUAAAACUCAUUCUUUGAGGCCAGAGUUGGAGCAACAGUUGGCAAAUUUAAUGUGCCACUCCAAGGCAACAGCCAGACGGUCGUACUUUCUGCAAGAAAAGUCAAAAAGUGCCGCAGAAACAAGUAGGGAGCUGAGAUCUGUCCUACGCCAAACUGAGAAUAACGUUGAUGUGUCUCUAGAGGAAAGUGCAUUUUGCAAAGGAGAUAACUACGAGAUAAAAUUCGUUAUUUCAUCAUGUCGAAGACGAAGAGACAGAAUAACGAUGAAGUUAGAGAUAAAGAAAAAGUGUCCAGUCACUGUAGUCACUAGAUUUUGCUUUUCCAAAAUAAAUAUGACAAACUGCCGUACUGGGGUAACAGGCGAAGGACUCUGGGAAUUAACAGUGCACGAACCAGAAGCCCCUUUUAACGAUAAUGAAGCUCUGAUCAGCGACAAUACAUCGAUUUCGACGUGUGAAACGACUUCAUCCUUGUUUGGAACUAGAAAAGAUAGGGUGAAGUUUUCCAGCGAAGAUAGCCAAUCAAUUUGGGGAAAAUUUGGAGACCUGAUAACAGGAAGUAAAUUAAUUAAGGAGGCAGAUAUUCGCAGUGCAAGCAAAGCUGACAGAGUUGUGAAAGAUUUGAUCGAAAAAUACGGUGUAACCACAAUAGUGAUGAAAGUUCGCACUGAGAAAAAGAAAUUUGCAAAGGACAAUGCUAAGCUAUUUUUAACUAAUGAAUAUCUAACUAUACAGAGUCGAUAUAGCUACAUACAAUGUUCUAAAACUAAUACAUUAACUGCUGUUCUGGCAAGCACCGCUUACGUAGGGAUGGUAAUUAGUAAAAAUGGUGCAGAUUUUCCGUAUGUAAACAAAAUAAAUUCAUAUAAGUCCACAGCCCAUGGAUAA